UGCCUCGGCUCCGGCUGAGGGCUGAGGUGAUCUCCCCGCUCCGAGCGGCCUCAGCGUGGUGCGCAAACGGGAGGUCGGGGUCGGCACGAUGGCGCGGAAGAAAGUGCGGCCGCGGCUGAUCGCGGAGCUGGCCCGCAAGGUGCGCGCCUACCGGGAGCUGAAGGCGCGGCCGCGGGACUCGGAGCGCUUCGCCCUGGACUACGAGACGAUGACGCGGCCGCACACUGGCCGCCGCCUCCCGGAGAAGGCCUGGGCCGACGUGCGGCGUGAGAGCCGCCUCCUGCAGCUGCUCAGCCGCCUGCCGCUCUUCGGCCUGGGCCGCCUCGUCACGCGCAAGUCCUGGCUGUGGCAGCACGACGAGCCCUGCUACUGGCGCCUCACCCGCGUGCGCGCCGACUACACGGCGCCGAAUUUGGAUCAUGGAAAGGCCUGGGGGAUCCUGACCUUCCGAGGUAAGACAGAGAGGCAAGAAAAGGAGAUUGACCAGGUCAUGUACCACGAUUGGAGGCUGGUGCCCAAGCAUGAAGAAGAAGCCUUUACGAACUUCACCCCUAAGUCAGAGGAAACUGUCCGAUAUGUGCCUUACCCUCCUUUAUUCCGGGCCAUGAUCUUUGCAGAACGACAGAAGCAGGGAAACCUCAGCGCUGAGGAGCCCAUGAUAGAUUUGGAGAAAAGAAUCUUUUUUCCAAAGCAAAAUGCCAAUAACCAAGCAGAAGGCACUCCAGUAUAAAGGCCCUGAACUGUUUGGUCAUGUGCAUAAUGAAUUUACCUGUGGAACAUUCUUUUUAAUGAAGAACUUAAAGAAUUUAUGUCCUAGAAAACCAGUUUUAUAUUAUAUUUCUGGUGAUGCACUGAUUAAUCUGAGCCCAUGGAAUUCUGUAAAAGUUGUGGUAAAAUUUAGCAUUUUGUGAAGCCCAUGCUCUUUCACCAUACCUCCUCAUACCACCACCGAAUGUUCAGCUCAUUUGGGCCUCUUAUUCCCUUAGAAAGGGUCAGAGGUGUCUUUGGGAGAGACCACAGAGGCAGAGGUGCCUUAAGUGCUCCAUAGUGCUUGAGUUGAAUAUCUGACUCUUCAAGGAGUAGUCCAGGUAGAGGCAUAAAGUUGAUAAAACCACCCUAGGGCUUCCUUUAUUUUGUUUCAUUUUACCUUUCACUGGGAGCCAGAACCUGGUUCUGUACAAAUACAAAUAAAGGAAGGUAAACUCUA